CCUCCCAAAAAAAAGAUCCAAUAAGACCGAAUCAAGUUCACAGUUAUUUUUUCUAUACGCUACCGAAAAAAUCUCACAUAGUCCAACUAUUUUCCCCUCGAUUUCCUCCUUCUCCUCCCCACUAUAAACCAAACGAAGAGACUCGGUUUUAGGGAUUUAUUCGACUCAUACGUGAUUAAGGAUAUAUACUGUUUUUGAAUCAAACGAUGGGUAGGGUUUUUAUGGUUGAUCUGGAAGGAGACAUUUACAUCUGCAAACACUGUAAGACUCAUCUUUCUAAAGACCAAGACAUCAUCUCCAAGACUUUUCAAUGCACGCAUGGAAGAGCUUAUCUCUUCAAUAACGUUGUGAACAUCUCUGUUGGAGUGAAAGAAGAUAGGAUGAUGAUAACUGGAAUGCACACUGUAGUUGACAUCUUUUGUGUUGGCUGUGGAUCAAACGUUGGCUGGAAAUACGAGUUUGCACAUGAUAAGAGCCAAAAGUACAAGGAAGGAAAAUCUGUUCUUGAAUUAUUUAAGAUUUCAGGUCCUCAUGAUAGCAACGACUUGAUUAGCGAUGGAGAUGAUGCUUGAGCUUUUUCCUUCUCUAUCUCUCUCACAUUUGUUUUAAAUUGUACAUUUUUCUUCUACCUAGAUUUUAAUUCUUCUACUAGAGA